ACCAGGUUUCAAUACGCCGGCCAAGAAUUUAAAAAAGUAUCUUUAAAAAAGAGAAAUGUUAGUCGCAGAGUAAAAAGUUGGAUGAAAUGUAAAACGGAGGAAAAGUUGGAUAAGUAACAAUCGAACCCGAUAUAAGAGUAAAACGGCUCGUCAGCGGUUUUGGACUCUGAGUCUCUGAACAUCUGCUUUUUGUUUUCUGCUGGACUUUUCUGUUUCCUGUCCAUUCUUCUUCUUCUUCUUCUUCUUCGUGGUUGUGCAGUCUCGGACCCUCGGGGCCCCGGAGAUGUUCGGGAUCCAGGAGAACCUUCCCCGCGGGGCCACGGCCGGCAUGAAGGAAGAGCCGCUGGCCGUUCGCUCCUGGAUGCAUUCGACCGGCGUCGUGAACGCCAACACGGCGGCUCAGAGCGGGGUGGGGUUAGCCCGCGCUCACUUUGAGAAGCAGCCUCCGUCCAACCUGAGGAAGUCCAACUUCUUCCACUUCGUGUUGGCGCUGUACGACCGGCAAGGUCAGCCGGUGGAGAUCGAACGCACGACCUACGUCGACUUUGUGGAGAAAGACAAGGAGCCGAGUGGAGAGAAAACCAACAACGGGAUUCAUUACAAACUGCAGCUGCUCUUCAGUAACGGCGUGAGGACGGAGCAGGAUCUCUACGUACGGCUGAUCGACUCCAUGACCAAACAGGCCAUCAUCUAUGAAGGACAGGAUAAGAAUCCAGAGAUGUGCCGAGUCCUGCUGACUCAUGAGAUCAUGUGCAGUCGCUGCUGUGAUAAGAAGAGCUGUGGAAACAGAAAUGAGACUCCGUCAGACCCCGUGAUCAUUGACAGGUUCUUCCUGAAGUUCUUCUUAAAGUGUAACCAGAACUGUCUGAAGAACGCUGGAAACCCACGAGACAUGAGGAGGUUCCAGGUGGUCGUAUCUACGACGGUCAAUGUGGACGGACACGUUCUCGCCGUCUCCGACAACAUGUUCGUACACAACAACUCCAAACAUGGCCGCCGAGCCCGGAGACUGGACCCAUCUGAAGCAGCCACUCCCUGUAUUAAAGCCAUUAGUCCCAGUGAGGGCUGGACGACAGGCGGAGCGACCGUCAUUCUGAUAGGAGACAACUUCUUUGACGGCCUACAGGUCGUCUUCGGCACCAUGCUGGUGUGGAGCGAGCUGAUCACCCCUCAUGCUAUCCGGGUGCAGACUCCUCCCCGUCACAUCCCCGGUGUUGUCGAGGUAACGCUGUCCUACAAGUCCAAACAGUUCUGUAAAGGAGCACCUGGACGAUUCGUUUACACAGCUCUCAAUGAGCCCACCAUAGAUUAUGGCUUUCAGAGGUUACAGAAGGUCAUUCCUCGUCACCCCGGAGACCCAGAGAGACUGCCCAAGGAGGUGCUGUUGAAGAGGGCAGCUGACCUGGUGGAGGCGCUGUAUGGGAUGCCCCACAACAACCAGGAGAUCAUCCUGAAGCGAGCGGCCGACAUCGCCGAAGCUCUCUACAGCGUUCCCAGGAACCACAACCAGAUCCCGUCGCUAGGCAACAGCACCUCCCACGGCAUGAUGGGAGUGAACUCCUUCAGUGGACAGCUGGCCGUCAACGUCUCUGACACUACACAAGUCGGUUACAAUCGGAACACCAGCAGCGUGUCGCCGCGAGGAUACGUCCCAAGCUCCACCCCCCAACAAAGUAACUAUGGCAACACCGUCAGCAACAGCAUGAACGGCUACAGCAACACUGGCAUGCCAAACUUAGGAGUAGCAACGUCCCCCGGCUUCCUCAACGGGUCAUCUGCCAACUCUCCCUACGGCAGUAAGUAUCAAGUUGUCCCCUCCAGUCCCACCAUGGCCGUGUCAAACUGUAACUCCUCUCACGGAGUUUUCUCCUUCUCAACUGCCGUCAAACAGAAGAGCGCCUUCGCUCCCGUUGUCCGACCGCCGGCUUCACCUCCUCCAAACUGCUCCGGAAACAACUCCAACGGGCUGCAAGCGAUGUCCGGCCUCGUCGUUCCUCCGAUGUAAAACGUCCUCCUCUUUGUUCCUCGUCCCUCUCCUCCCUCUCAGCCACGAGCACCAAUCACCUCAGAGGAGGCGAGGCCUCAGGCGGCAGCUGACUAGUCAGGACGAAGUAUUGAUGCUGUCUGUCCCGGAUAAAAAAAAGAAACUGUUGUCUCUAAUUGGACGGAGACGAAGAUAAAAAGGACUUUUCUGAUGUCACACUGUGUGUUUGAGUAAAAGCUGUGAGGUCACACCUGUGAAGUGACAUCACAGCAACUGAUUGGUCACCUGCUGAAGAGGUGAACACAUGAGGAAACUGACAGACAGGAAGCUUCCUGGUCACAAACCCUCCACAACAUGUGACUGAAUGUCUCAGCCUGCGAUUGGUCCUCGUCCUUAAGAAGGAGGACACUUCCUGUUUAGGCAGAAGAGAAGGAGAGAGGUAGAAGGAAACAUCCAGUCAGGAAUCACAGAGAGUUAGGCUUCCUCCUGAGCAAGCUAGGAAGGAGGAAGCUCACUAGGUCUGGAGCAAGAAGAGUCCAAAGUAGUUGAUGGAAACAAAACUAAUUCUUAUUUCUUGCUCACAACUUUUCAGAAGUGUGCUUUAAAAUUAAGUCGACAACUGAAUGGAAACACGACUUCAGUGUGAAGGCAGGGAGAAUGGAGGAAACUUUGUUAGGGAACAAGGAAGUAGGAUACUCCCUACCUAGGAAGCAAAGAUGGAGGUUUUCAUCUAGGGAAUUAGGGAUCAGAAGGCUUCCUACGUAGGGCUCAGGAUGAGUGAAAGGAAACAUGGCAGCUGAACUUGAUUGUGAUUGGCUCCACUCACUGAGGAAUCAAAUCCAUCAAAUGAAAACCUCCUACUGGUUUACCUCUGCUGCUGUCGGCCAAUCAGAGUCCAGUAUUGUGACCAGACAGGAAGAGCUGAUGAAAGAUGUGAAAGCUGAAUAGUUUGGUGGUUUUAAUAGUUUAAAGAGCACAGUGGACAAACAGAAAGAAUAAUGAAUGAAGCUCAUAUAUGUCCACUCACUAGCCCCGCCCCUUCUCCAUUCAGUCCCACGCCAGCCUGUCUGUGUUGGUUAUUUAUUCUUAUCUUGUUUUUUUUCACUGUGAAAACACGUCCUGCAUCCUGAUAGGCUACUGUCACAUUCUGUCUUCUUGUUUAGAGUUGUGUUUUUUAUUCUAGCUCCUCCUCCCAAGCCCCGCCCUGAGCACUGAAUCCCUGCCCGCGUCUCAAAGGCACCAUCCCUGUGUUUCCUGUGUGGGUUUUGUGAUUUUUGCCAAAGCUGUAGCUGGCUGAAUAUUUAUACGUCACUGUGGUUGAUUCCCCUCCCCCCCACACACACACUGUCCGAGGGGAAAGUCUUUUUGUAACAUACAGAUUAUAAAUAGUGUAUUUAUAUCUCAGAUUUCUUUUGUACAAAUGGAUGUUGAGUCAUGCCGUCUUCAUGGGGUUUUAAACGUGUGUGUGUGUGUGUGUGGUGCCACACUGAAAACAAACCAUUGUUUUGUAUUAAAAAAAGAAAAAUGUCUUCACACAUUUAUAAUCUGUCAAUCAAAGCUGAUCCAGUCGGCUCCACUCGUUUUUAAUGUAAACCUUAUUUUAAUGACUGUUGGCUGUAAAGAAACCAAUAAACUCAGCAGGUCGCUCUGA